AUGAACAUUGCCUUAAAUAUAUUUUCUAUUCAUCAAUCUUACCAAUUUAAGUAUUUGGAUGAACUAAAUUAGCGCGCGCUCAUAUGUAGAAAUAGACGCUCUUAUUGGUGCAAAAUAUUGUAAAGUCAAAUCGAGCAUUCCUAUUGGUGUAAAAUAUUGCAAAGUCCCCACCACUCGCAAUUUACAAAAGUCGCAUAGCGCGGGAUGACAUUUUACUGUUGAAAUUUGUGAAACGAGUAUCGUUACUUUAUCCCAUCAUUACUAUAUAGUACUUUUAUCUCGACGUUAUCAUCAUUUCUACACUUUUACAUAUUUGCAUUUUAUUUAAUCAUUUAUUAAUCGCCAUUUUGUAUCAGCAUUUUAAUCACCAUUAAAUAUUAUAAGUGCUUUCGACACUGCUAAAGACUAACAGGAUUUUUAAACACAAAUAUUGUUGAGAGCAGCAUAUAUUAUAUAUUAAUUCCAGCAUAUAUUAAUUCCAAUUGUGUAAAAUGCCACCGAAAGCACGAAAGGAAUCAUUAGUACUAUUAAUAAAUAUUGGAAUAACAAAUCCAAAUAUAGAAAAUAAUCAUUCCUUAUUGGAGAAAGCAAAACAUAUUGCCAAGCGAAAAAUUCAGAAAAUGAUUUUCUUCACACCAAAAGAUGAAGUUGCAAUAAUGUUAAUGGGUUCCGAUGUUACAAAAAAUCGUUUGGGUACAGAAUAUGUAGAAGAAUUUACAGAUUUUCAGAUUCCAAAAUGGGAUCUUGUAAAAAAAUGUAUGGCUUUAAAAGGUACAAACCAUUGUUCUAAUUGGAUUGAAGCACUUGAGGCUGCAGUAUUAUUUAUGAAAGAAAACACUUUUCUUCCUUCUACGAGGAAAAUCGUUUUGAUGUCUGAUUUUAACGAAGAUCCAGAUAUUAUUUCACAAUUUCAAGCAGACAAAAUUGCAGAUCAGCUUUCAACAAACAAAAUUAUAUUAAUCACACUAUCAGAAUCAACUACAUCACCUACUCCUACACUCAGUGAAAACCUUCUUAAUGAUGUCAAUGAAAAGAUUAAUGGUCACCAUAUAACGUUUGAUAAUGCCAUAUCAGAUAUGAAAUUUUAUACACCAAUACCAUUAAAACCAUUUCCAUCUUAUUAUAGCUUAGAGUUACUUGAUAAAAAAAUACCAGUUGUUUCUUAUGCUAAGAUAAGAACAACAAGAUUUCCACCAUGGAAAAAAGCCAAAGGUAAUCAAAAGCUCCGAUCAGAAACAAAAUACUUAGAUAGACAGAGGGUUCCUUAUACAGCAGAUAACAUUCAAAAGGGAUACAAAUAUGGAGGAGUUUUUAUUUCAGUACCUGAGGGUUUAGAGAGGAAUAUGAGACAUAAAGACACUGAAAGAAGUUAUCGAAUUUACGGGUUUACAGACAGAAAUAAUGUUGAUUUGGAGUAUUUUUACAAAAGUUCCAGUUCUGUUAUUUUACCCAAUAGUAAUGCAAAUAAUGUAGUGAAACCGUUUUAUAGUUUAGUGCAAGCAAUGCAUCAAACAAAUUCAGUUGCUAUUGUGAGAAAAAUUUAUAAAAAAGGUAGCGUGCCUAGAAUGGUUGCAUUGUUUCCUUGUAUUGAUAUUCCUGAUGAACCAUGGUGCUUGAUAGAAAUACAAUUAGCAUUUGCAGAAGAUCGAAGGAUCAUGGAAACAAGAUCCAUGAAGUCCACAAUUAAACAGUUAAAUACUCCACAAAAUGAAGCUAUAGAUAGUUUAAUAGAUUCUCUGAUGUUAACGGAUACAGAAAAUGAUAGUCAGAUCGAUGGGUGUCAGUGUUUUUUACCAGGAUGCAUGCCAAAUCCUGGUGUACAACAUAGAUGGGAUAUGUUAUCGUAUCGUGCUAUUAAUCCAGAUAAACCAUUACCGCCUGUGGAAAAUUAUUUAAAAGAAAUUUUUGAAAUACCAUCGAUAAAAAAAAGAAGUAAAUGCCAUCUGCAGAAAAUUGCGGAGCUAUUUCGAUUAGAGAGUAUAAACCUAUUUUCGUGGUGUAAUUUUUAAACGAAGUCCAUUAGCAUUGUGUAAUACCAAUUCACUGGUGAAACGAAGUUGAUCCUCUGUAUCUAAGGACUUGACUUGGAAAUUUUGCAAUAUAUGCAAAAUAAGAACUUUGACGAUCAUCGUGGCAUAUUUCCACCCUAUACAAUUACGAGAGCCAGCACUGAAGGGAAUGAAAGCAUAAGAAGGAUAUUUUGGUCCAUUGGGAAGAAAUCGUUCUGGUCGAUAAGUAUCUGGCUCUGGAAAGUAUCGAGUAUCCCGAUGAAGAAGGAACGAAUUUACCAGAACCGUCGAUCCUACUGGAAUUUCAUGUCCCA